AAUAAGAAACUUAAUCAAAAUAUUCUCCCUCUCUCUCUUCAAACCCUAGACAGAAGGGAAGAUUUAUAACCUCAUAUAUCCCAUAUAUAUAUUCUCACUCUCCUUUAUCUUUCUUCUCUCCCACUCAUCUCUCUUCAUCUUUUCUCAUCAUCAAGCCAAGAUCUUUUUUUUUUCCUUUUUUUUUUUGGGUUCUCCUUUUGUUUUUUUGAUCUUUAAAAUUUGAUCACCUCCCACCAUGGUUUUCUCAUCAGUUCCUGUGUUUCUUGAUCCACCCAAUUGGCCUACUCAGCAGCCAAAUCAUCUCCAAGGGAGUGGUGGUGAGAAUACUACUCAACACCUCCCUCCUCCGGCUCCGCCAGCUGGUGGAGGCGGUGGCGGUAAUAAUGGAAGUGGCGGACCUGGGUCGAUUAGGCCAGGCUCGAUGACGGACCGAGCCAGGCUGGCAAAAAUACCGCAACCAGAAGCCGGACUAAAAUGCCCGAGAUGUGAAUCCUCAAACACAAAGUUUUGUUACUUCAACAACUACAGCCUGACUCAGCCGCGCCACUUUUGCAAGACCUGUCGGCGGUACUGGACGAGAGGCGGCGCGAUGAGGAACGUACCGGUGGGCGGCGGGUGUCGCCGGUCGAGCAAAAGAAGCAAAGGGAGCAGCAACAGGUCAAAAUCUCCGGCGGGUUCAAGCACUUCCACAAGCACAGUGUCAUCAAACAGUUGCACAACCGAUAUAAUUAGCCAUCAACUGGCUCCUCCUCCGCCCACCCACUUGCCCUUUUUACCCCCUCUCCACAAUCUCACCGAUUUUGGGAACAUUGGCUUGAACUUCGAAGGGCUUCAAAUUCCUUCACUGCCCUCAUCAGGUGGCGUAGAAUCCUCAAUUUUAUCAAGUGGGGUUACGGAAAAUCAGCAAUGGAAGAUACCCUUUUUCGCAAAUUUGCAGCAACAAAAUGGGAUGUAUUCCAAUUUCAUGGCUGAGGAUCAUAAUCAAAAUCAUGCUGAUUUCUCCAAUUAUCAACGUUUGUCAAAGCCAUUACUGGAAACUGGGUUUUCUACUACUCAUCAGAUGGGGAACAAUAGUAAUAACAAUAGCAUGAAAAUUAUGGAUCAGGACACACAAGGGAUUAACAUUUUGUCGAGGAAUUUUCUGGGAAUUCAACCAAAUGAGCAGUUCUGGAGUAAUUCCACUACUACAACUACUGCGGGAAAUAUUGCAUGGACGGAUCAGAUUUCAGAUCAUUUCAAUUCAUCUUCUUCCACCAGCCAUCUCUUGUAAUUUGGGGGUUUAAAUUUUUCCUAAUCUCAAAACCAACAACAUUUUACAAAAAGAACACUUGGGUAAGUUUUGUAUUUUUUUUUUUUUAUGUUAAUUUUGUAGUACAGGGUUGAAAGAGAAUGAAAGCCAGCCAGCUGAGAAAUUGGGGCUCGCCCUACGCUUAUCGGCUGCUCUCUUAUCAUAUUCUAACAUUGAAAAAGAUCUGAUCACAUCAUCAUCUCAAGAGUGGAGGGGGAAGAACGGAAGG